AUGAUAGCCUCCUCUUUGGAAAUUCUGAUGAAAGGUUUAACGGGCAUGACGGAAGAUUGCAAGCGACAUUUUCGGUUGAAAAUUCGCGACAUUUUAGAUAGGCUGGUUAGGAAGUACGGUUGCGAAUCUCUCACACCUUUCGUGCCCAACGACGAUACGGUCAUGUACAAGAGAUUGAGGAACUUGCGAAAGUUGAACGCCAGGAAGAAGAGGAGGAAAGAAUCGGAACAGGACGAAUACAGCGACGAGGAAGAAUUUACGGUCAAAGCGAAGCCGAAAAGUGUUGAAGACAUUUUGGCGGAUUCUGAUUCUGAAUUCGAAGAUAUGGAAACAGAUCAGCCGAAGGUUAAAAGUAAAAAACAAAGCAAGACGUGGAUCGAAGAAGAUCCCGAUAGUAUCGUCGAUUUUACUGAUCCUACUGUCGUUAGCAAGAUAUCAGCAACGAAACCGGGCGAAAAACCGCAAGCGCUGCUCGACAAAAAGAAAGCGGAAAGAGAUCGCGGCUUCAAAACGGCCCCCGACGGUAGACUCAUCAUCAAGGACGACUCGUCUUCAGACGACGAGUCCGAUAAGAAACUGAAAUUCGAACCCGACUCCGACACUGAUGACGACGACGAUUCCCAAAGCAAAGCCGAAACGUUACUGUUAACGGAUCGCAAACGCAAAAGAAGCGCAGCCUCCAGCGUCAAGAGUGGUUUCAGCUCGGUCAGUGCACAGCCGCCCAUGAAGUACAAGAGCGGUGGAGUCGGCAUUCACAGGACGAUUGGAGCAAGCACUUCGUCUGUCAAAAGUGGCUACAGCACACCGGGUUCAGAUUAUCGAUCCAAAAAAGCAUCUGGCGAUGUUAAAAAGAAAGGCAAAGUUGACCCGUACGCCUACUUACCUCUAAAACGAACAGCUUUAAACAAAAGGAAAAAGAAUAAGGCCGCCGGUCAAUUCAAGCACAUAGUGAAGGCGGCCAAAUCGGGGGCAUUGAAGGGGGCGAAAGCGAAGAAAAACAGAAAUAAGUAA